AUGGCAUCCCGGCGAUCCACAAAUUUCGUCUGCUCGAGAUGCUUGGGCAAUGGCAAGGCAUUUUUCUCAACGAGCGUCAGGGCUCGCCAGCAAAACCUCAAUCAUGAGCUCCCGCCAGCUCCCCCGGCUUCCGGCUAUACCAGGCUGACCAAUCGUGCAUUAAUUGCGAUUGCUGGCGUUGACAGCACUUCAUUUUUGCAAGGCAUGGUCACGCAAAAUAUGCUCAUGGGCAAAGAGCCCGUCAGCGCGGCGCGCCGAACGGGAUCUUACAGCGCAUUUUUGAACUCGCAGGGCCGUAUCCUGCACGAUGUAUUCAUCUACCCCAUGACGGGAGACACAAGCGUAGACGCAGAUGGGGACCCUCAUUGGCUGAUUGAAGUCGACAAGGACGAAGUGAAAAAUCUGAUGAAGCAUCUCAAGAAACACAAACUGCGCUCGAAGCUCAAAAUACGUGCAUUGGAAGACGGCGAACGAUCGGUGUGGGCCGCAUGGAACGAAGGCGCCGAAUCGAGAUGGGCAGCCUAUAACCUCGACUCGGAUUUCCCCUCGAAAUUCUCGCCUGCUUCGCUUGUGGCUGGGUGUAUUGAUACGCGGGCUCCGGGGUUUGGAUCGCGAUUGCUUACGCCCGGUGACGGUGAUCUCCUGGCUCACCUUCCCGAUGGCCCCUCCUCUUCUUCUUCCAAGUUUGCUGGCGGUGAAGUUGGUCUGGAAACAUAUACCCUACGCCGCAUACUUCACGGAGUAGCCGAGGGUCAGGCUGAGAUUACGCGCGAGUCUGCUCUGCCAAUGGAGUGCAACAUGGAUCUUGCACGCGCCAUUGAUUUCCGCAAGGGCUGCUAUGUCGGCCAAGAGCUGACUAUACGUACACACCACACGGGCGUUGUUCGAAAACGCAUUCUGCCUGUACAGUUGUACCAUGAGGGAAACCAGCCUGACAGCAACAGCGAAAUGCCCAUCUACGACCCCCACACAACGAUAUCUCUGCCCCCUGACAGCAGCGGCGCGAAUAUAUCCAAGACUGGCGGACGAAAAGGGCGCAGCGCUGGAAAAUUCAUUAAUGGAAUUGGAAACGUCGGUCUGGGCAUAUGCCGUCUUGAGAUGCUGACGGAUAUCUCGCUAACGGGCGAGAGCAGCCAAUACGUGCCAUCUCAAGAGUUCGAAGUCUCUGGAGGAGAUGUCCGGAUCAAAGCGUUUGUGCCUCCUUGGCUUAGAGAGCAUAUCACGGCAGGUAUAGCGCGAAGGGCUCCUACGCCGAGACCAAGCGAGGGCCAUGAAGGAUUUAGGGCUCGGGAUAUGGUUGAGCAGUUAGAAGAAGAGGAGGCCGAGGCAGAGGAACGGCGACAGGGGUAG